AUGUCAGGGCGUAAGGAGCAACAGGACCUGGUGCUCAUUAAACAACUGGAGCUCAUUCUGGAUUCCUGCACACUGGAGCUCACUGCAGUUGAUGAAGUCUGGCCAAACCUCUACAUAGGAAACAUAGCUGUAGCACAGAAUAAAAAUACAUUAUCCAAAAUGGGCAUCACACACGUCCUGAAUGCAGCUCACUCCAAGCAGGGAAGCAUCGGGGACCAAUGUUUCUAUGGCAACAGUUGUGUUUACUGUGGCAUACCAGCAGAAGAUUCGGACCACUUUGACCUCAGCCGGUACUUCAAACAUGCAGCUGACUUCAUCCAUAAAGGCCUUAAGUACAACCAAGGGAAAGUUCUGGUGCAUUGCAUUAUGGGAGUGAGUCGCUCAGCCUCCUUGGCACUGGCCUACCUCAUGCUGCGUCAACGCCUCAAUCUUCAGGAUGCUCUUAGACACAUUGUGCAGAAGCGGGCCAUUUACCCCAAUCGGAACUUCCUCAUGCUCCUUCACAAGCUGAGUGAACAGUUGGUAUUCAAAAGGAGGCUGUGCCCCCUCCUCUGA